GGGCUCAGCGCCCUGGCUGAGUCUCCCGGCGGCGGGCGGUGGGGACCGGGUGCGGCGGCGGCGUUGGCAUCGGCGGGAGCAGCAUGGAUUGGGGCACCGAACUGUGGGGCGUUUCAGGACGCCCGGGAGCGGAGGGCGACCCUGCCGGAGCGGCGUAGGGAAACUGAGGAUCAGUUUGAGGUGCUCGAGCGGCACACGCAGUGGGGUCUGGACCUGUUGGACAGAUACGUGAAGUUCGUGAAAGAGAGGACGGAGGUGGAGCAGGCUUAUGCAAAGCAGCUGCGGAGCCUGGUGAAAAAAUAUAUGCCUAAAAGACCUGGCAAAGAUGACCCAGAAUCCAAGUUCAGCCAGCAACAGUCAUUUGUGCAGAUUCUCCAGGAGGUGAAUGAUUUUGCGGGCCAGCGGGAGCUGGUGGCCGAGAACCUCAGUGUCCACGUGUGUCUCGAGCUGGCCAAGUACUCACAGGAGAUGAAACAGGAGAGAAAGAUGCAUUUCCAAGAAGGCCGUCGGGCCCAGCAGCAGCUGGAAAGUGGCUUCAAGCAGCUAGAGAAUAGUAAGCGUAAGUUUGAGCGGGACUGCCGGGAGGCUGAGAAGGCAGCUCAGACGGCCGAGCGGCUGGACCAGGAUAUCAAUGCCACCAAGGCUGAUGUGGAGAAGGCCAAGCAACAGGCCCACCUUCGGAGUCACAUGGCAGAAGAAAGCAAAAAUGAAUAUGCAGCCCAACUACAGCGCUUCAACCGAGACCAGGCUCACUUCUAUUUUUCCCAGAUGCCCCAGAUCUUUAAUAAGCUGCAGGACAUGGACGAGCGGCGGGCCACCCACCUGGGGGCUGGGUACAGGCUCCUGUCUGAGGCUGAGCUGCAGGUGGUACCCAUCAUCGCCAAGUGUUUGGAGGGCAUGAAGGUGGCCGCGGAUGCUGUGGAUGCCAAGAACGACUCCCAGGUCCUAAUCGAGCUGCACAAGUCAGGCUUUGCCCGCCCGGGCGACGUGGAAUUUGAAGACUUCAGCCAGCCCAUGAACCGCGUGCCCUCGGACAGCAGCCUGGGCACCCCCUCAGAUGGACGGCCUGAGCUCCGAGGCCCCGGCCGCAGCCGAGCUAAGCGCUGGCCCUUCAGCAAGAGGAACAAGCCGCGCCCUCCACCCCUCUCCCCCCUGGGGGGCCCCCUGCCCUCGGCAUUACCUAACGGACCCCCGUCCCCCCGCUCCGGCCUCGACCCCUUGGCCAUACUGAGUGAGAUCAGUAAGUCAGUCAAACCGCGGCUAGCAUCCUUCCGCAGCCUUCGAGGCAGCCGUGGGACAGUGGUGACCGAGGAUUUCAGCCACUUGCCCCCGGAGCAGCAGAGAAAGCGGCUUCAGCAGCAGCUGGAAGAACGGAACCGUGAACUACAGAAGGAGAUCGACCAGAGGGAGGCCUUGAAGAAAAUGAAGGAUGUAUAUGAGAAGACACCCCAGAUGGGGGACCCGGCCAGCUUGGAACCCCGGAUCACAGAAACCCUGAACAACAUCGAACGUCUGAAAUUGGAAGUACAGAAGUAUGAGGCUUGGCUGGCAGAAGCCGAGAGCCGGGUCCUAAGCAACCGGGGGGACACCCUGGGCCGGCACACUCGGCCUCCAGACCCCCCAGCCAGCGCCCCACCAGACAGCAGCAGCAACAGCAACAACGGAUCACAGGAUAAGGAGAGCUCUGAAGAGCCCCCCUCCGAGGAGGGUCAGGAUGCUCCCAUCUACACGGAGUUCGAUGAGGAUUUUGAGGAGGAGCCUGCAUCCCCCAUAGGUCACUGUGUGGCCAUCUACCAUUUUGAAGGGUCCAGCGAGGGCACCAUCUCCAUGGCCGAGGGCGAGGACCUCAGUCUCAUGGAAGAAGAUAAAGGCGACGGCUGGACCCGGGUCAGGCGGAAACAGGGAGGUGAGGGCUACGUGCCCACCUCCUACCUCCGUGUCACACUCAACUGAACCCUGCCAGAGGCGGGAAGAGGGGGGCUGUUGGCUGCUGCUUCUGGGCCACGGGGGGUGCCCCAGGACCUACGCACUUUAUUUCUUCCCCCGUGGCUUCAGCUGAGACCUGUGUAACCUGCUGCCCCCAGCACCACCCCCCCACUCCUCACCCCACAUGGACCCGCUGUGCCUUCUCCCAUCGAUGUACAUACUCAUGUUUCGAAUCUUUUCUUCCUGCCGCUCGGCUGGGGCCGUUUUGUUUUAUAUAAAAAAAUGAUGGAAA